AUGUGCGAUGGUGAACCCGUGGUUGCCGCUUUUGUUUCUGAAGCCGACCGGUUUGUGUAUGAACUUGAGCCGAAAGAUCUGGCCACUACCGUAUGGGCGCGAGCCAAGUUGCUGCAACUCGAUGAGCCGCAUUUCGAUGUGGCUGGCGAAAGGGUUUCGCUGGUGGCCUAUGAGUUCAGAGCGCAUGACCUUGCCCUCAUUGCAUGGACGGCGGGAAAAGCCCAGCACGCAAAGGGAUCGCUUAUGGAUAUGCUUGGCUGCUCAUUCCUCGCUGCGAGCGAGUCUGAUGCAGCAACUUUGGCAAACAUGGCGCGGUCCUGGGCAUCGCUUCGCUCGAAGGGCAUCGCCCUGAUGUCUGCCGCAGCCUUGGAGGCAGCGAUCUUGGUGGAUGAGUUCUAUGCGCAGCACCUGGCAAGCGCAUUUCAAGCUUUCACCAAGCUCUUGCUGCAUGGCCUCAACCUGAUGCCUGCAACGGGUGCCCGGGCACGUCUUAUCGUGACCGAGCCCGACCCGCAGCAGCUGAGCAACACAUUGCGGGCCCUCGGGCGAUUGAGUUUCAGCGGCCAGUUGACCACUGAAGCCGCGGCACACCAGGUCCAAUCUGCUCAACACCUCUCCGGGCCGCAGGAAGCUUCGAACAGGACUCAGACGCCUACCAGUUCGGUGUUUCUCAAUCUGGCAGCCUUGGAAGGCCUGGCCGAUCAAGCGAGUCGAAUGGCAACGCACUUUGAUCCGCAAGGCCUGGCAAUGGUGGCGUGGUCCUUCGCUACAUGCGAGCUGCGAGACCUGCCAUUGUUUGACAUCGCCGGCGAGCAUGUUUCGAGCAUCGUCCACGCGCUGGCGCGGAGAGUCUGCGCUGCCUCUGGGGCCACCGAGCUCGGGCCCCAGAGUCCCUCGAAUUUGGCCCGGGCACUCGGACGGCCGGAGCUCCGUGGAAGCCCGGUUUUGGACGCCGCUGCAUCUGCCGUCAUGGACCGGAGCUCGGAGUGCUCGCCGCUGAACUCGGCCAACCUCGCGUGGGGGUUUGGCACCUUGCGAGAUGCGCCGGGGUCGCUGUUGACUGCGCUGGUAAGGGAGUCGAUGAGCAAGCUCCCUGAGCCUAGCGGCCAGCAGUUGGCAAACAUGGUUUGGGGCUUUGCAUGGCUGUCAUUUGUGGAGGCCGGCUGGAUGGAGGCGCAUCCCAGAUUUGCUCGGCCACUGCUGCCGGAGUACACUCCACAGGGACUUUGCAACACAGCCCGAAAGCCUGCCAAGCUGGUCGUUUUCGAGGAAGCACUGAUGAUGUCAGCUUGCCAUGAGGCUCAGAACAGGUUCCAUUUGCCUCAGCCACAGAACUUCUCUAACUUCGUAUGGGCUUUCAGCAUUUUUCACCUGUUGGGUGGGCAGCUGAUGAACUCGAUCGGCUACGACUUCCGAGAGAAGCUCCCGGAGUUUGAUGCCCAGGCAAUUACGAACACCUUGUGA